AUGAAAAUGCAAGUUUAUUUGGAGGCUUGCAAUUUGUGGGAGGCUGUCGAGGAAGACCACGAAGUGCUUCCUCUGUUGUGGAAUUACGAAGUGCUUCCUCUGCCAUGGAAUCCAACUAUGGCUCAACACAAUAAUAACAUGUUACUUGGGAUUGAAAAUAAGAUAAGGAUACUUGGAGCUGAACUUAAUGACAAUAGAGUAGUUCAAAAGAUACUUGUAACUUUACCUGAAAGAUAUGAGAUAACUAUUGCUUCAUUGGAGAAUACUAAAGAUCUGUCAAGGCUUAACUUGACAAAGUUAUUGAGUGCUCUGCACUCACAAGAACAAAGAAGGAUGAUAAGGCAAGACGGAUCCAUCGAGGGAUAUCUGAAAGAUAAGUUGCAAACUGCUGUCAGGGGAAAUAAAGAAAAAUGA